AUGUCCAGGAAUACAGGUCAUUCUCGUAAUUCGGAAGAUCAGCCUUCGUUCCAAAAACGAAAGAUCACUGAAUUGGUGAAACUCAUUCCAGAAUGCGACGGGUAUCGAUGGAUAGAAAAUGUGAACGAAACUUUUGAACUGCUCGAUGAAAAAAUGGGAAUGAUGACAAGAGUCAUGACGUCGCUGAUGUGUAAUGAAGAACCAAAUACAGUUUUCUCGCGUACCGAUGUGCUGAAACGAGUACUUGAAGACUGCCGUGGGAUCACUUCUCUGAUGCAAAUACAAAAGAUGAAACUAGCUGCCAUAAGACACGAGAUCCCUCAGACAAUGGAUUCUAAUGAGAUAAGGAGAGAAAACACUAUUAUGAGGCGACUAUUUUCUGGAAAAAGAAGAAAGGUCCUUGACAUGAAAAUUUCAAAUGUAUAUCGGUCUGUGUACAGAGAAUUCCUCGUUUAUCCUUCGCCGAUUUUCAAGUUGUCUGAAUUCAUAUCGCACAUGAAUGAAUUACCAAAACCGAACAGAUAUACUGAAGAACAAGUUCACCUGCUUGUUCCCGACUUGAUGAGGCGAACCUUUAUUAAUGGAUUCUCCUGUAAUGACGGAACAGACUAUAUAGUUGUGAAGGAACUGUGUAUGCAAAACUUAGGCAAACAAUUGAGUAACUUCGUAGUAACCGAAGACGAAUACAUGACAGCUAGCGUUCCAAAGAGCCUUUCAGAUUUGAAGGAAAUGAUAGCAAAACUUGAAGUACCUAUUCUAGAAAAGUUGGACAGUGAGCUCUGGUCAAUAGUGUCAAAUAUGAUUCUGGCUACAGCAGUGAGGCAAGCCGGAGCUUACAUCUUUCCUAAUGAGUUUCCAUCAAACCUUCAGAAUUCGGUUUUGAAAGUUGUCACAACAUUAAUAAAUUCUGGAUUCAUCGAAGAGUGCCAAGAGGAUGGUCAACCUCAAAUUUUUGCUAAGUGUAUCAGAAAAGAUACCGCUGAGAGACUCGGGGCCACAGUUGAGAUACAAUGGUGUUUGAACAACUCCUAUAAAUAA